AGGACGAGAUAAGGGGCGGGGCCCGGGCCGCCCGCGGGCGCUAUAAGGCGCAGCGCGCAGGGGCCGCGCAGGGAGCCCCUCGGGCAGGCGGACCCCCCGCCCCGGCCAUGUCCGGCUCCCCGGCGGCGAGCGGGCGGCAGGAUCCCGGCGGGGCGGAGCGGGGCAGCCCGGUGCCGCCGCCCCCGUACGGCGCGGGGGGCCCGGGCCCGGGGCCGCCCCUGGAGCUGCGCGGGGCGCUGGACUGUCUGGCCUGCGCCGUCCUGCUGAGCGCGCACAACCUGCUGGCGGCGGCGCUCUGCGCCCUGCUCUGCGCGCUGCUCUGCGCGGCCGCGCUGCUGCCCGCGGGCACCGCGCUGGGGCUCGGCUUCCUCUGCCACUCCAAGUUCCUGCACGCCCGCGUGGCCCCGUGCGAGGCCCAUCUUCACGACGCCGGUGCCACGGCCCUGCUGGUGCUCGGCUUCACCCUGCUGCUGCCGCUCCUGGUGCUGGGCCUGGCGGCCUUCGUCCGGCUGGCGCGGCACCUCCAGCUGGGCUACUGCCUCCUGCCCUACAGCCUGGCCGUCUACCGCAACCUGCCCGCCGGGCACUACCACCAGGCCGCCUGGUGCUGCCCCCGCGCCCGCCCGCCCGCCCCAGGGGACAAGGUCUGGGUGUGAGGGGGGCCCGGGGCACCCCUGCCGGCCCCCCCCAUGGCCGCUCCCCACAGCAAACGAGGAGCACCCCGCGAGAUGCAGCCUGGGGGGCCCCCCAUGGAGCUGACACCCCAAAGAGACUGGGGGGGAGGGGAAUCACCGCUGGUUUGGGGUGAGCUGUUGGGGCAAUCUAGGGAGGGCUGUGGGUGGGGGGGACCCCCUCUGGAUUG